AUUAAUAAGGACUUGUUUUGUUCACUUUCCGUACUUAGCCUUGUAGUCCUUCCAAAGCUCAUCCACGCUCUUCCCAAGCAACUCCUUGAAAAAAGUUACGUUAUAACCAUCUCUCAACUUCUUAUUAAGCUUGGCCACGAACCCAUCGUUCCUCAAUCCGUCGCAAUAAUCCAAAAACAUAGCCGUAACGUCGUAGCCUUGGUCCCACUUAUCGCCCUCCCCCGGUUUGACCCAACGACCCGGCGGCGGGGCCAAACCGGCUCUCAACCUAACGAAAUCCGCAAUCCCUUCAAUCAAUCCACCCGGGGCAAUGUCCCCUUGCCCGCCACCCAUCCACUGCCACACGUGCGUCAUCUCGUGAUACACCACUCCAGCCACCUCACGCCUGACGUCAUUGCCGCCGUCGGAGUAGUUCCCGACGUAUUGGGCGCUGAGGCUGAUCUCGUUGUCUGA